UAUGUUGAAGAAUAAAAUAAGAUUUAGGAAGGCUUAGAUAUUAGAUCAACCAUAAAGGAAGAUGAGAUCUAUAAGUUAAAUUAGAAAUAGAUUAAUAACCUUGAAAAACAAAAAAAAGAAGAAAACCAUAAUCUUUGCUAAAGAAGAGUUGGAAAGCUAUGUAAAAUGA